AGAACAUUGACAUUGAGGUGACACUUCUACUUUUUGGAUAACCAACAUUACCAUGAUGAUUCAGUGAUUUGAGCGAAGCGUGCUGGAUGAUAAGUAAGUUGAAAGAGGGACAGGGACGAGACCGAAGUAGGGCAGUAGAGAAGGAAGUGAUUUAAGGCAGCUUGAGCUUGCAGUCGUUGUUGAGUGACCGAACUCAAAGUACAGAAGUUUUAUGGUUCUUCACGAUGUGGUGCCGCAAUACUUCGAAGACCUUGCGUGGUCUCUCCGUGCAGGGCAUAUGGCAUCACCAAGGGGACAAGCGUCCGUCGUUUGUUAGAAGGGGCCAACAAAAACAUUUCUAUACCAACGCUGCUCCUGCGCGCGUUCCUGCUGGAGUAGCAGCAAAAGCGAGGCAACAUGUAACUGCUCAACAAGAAGGACGAGAUGCCAAUGUCCAAGAAGACCAGAGGCGAGAAUCUGCAAGAACAUUUCCAAGUGCCGGCGCGUCUCUAUCUUCAUUAUCCUCUACAGGCUCCAACGUAAUUCCACCAAAUUCGCGAAGCCCGGAUGAGAUUUUUCGAACUUUUGCAGGUGAAAAAAGUGUCAUAUUGUGCAAAUCUGACAAAUCCGGCAAGCACUCGUGGGACGACGCUAUCAUCCCGCUUACGACAUUGCUGAAUGAUUCUCCAGACUACUACACACUGAGCUCUUGUAGCGGCAGAGCAUACCUGUGGUGGGCUGGUGCAGGAAUAGAAGUAGGAGACAACCACGACGGCGACAAAGUGGUGAAGCAGCAAGAUGACGCACGAGGUGCCUCGUUUUCAUCAGGGUGGCCUCAACUCUUUCCAAAAAAAAGCUGGACUGCACGAGCUCAGAAACAGAAGAAGACUAAAAACGAGCUUGACCAUGCGACAAGUGUUCACGAUAACGACGAAGAUCAAGUUGAUCAGACUCGAAAAGACAAACACAAAGAGUACCCGAGGACGAUGAAUGGAACGCAGCGGCAGGAGUUGGACGAGGACAAACGCCAUGACCUAUGGAGUAAGGACUGGCGGUUCCACAUUUGUCAUGACUAUUCGGAUUGGAACCCACAAAAGUAUUUAGGACAAAGUUCUGUAGAAGAUGCAGCAGGAGCUGGGUUUGCUCCUGAUGAGAAAAACAGAGUCAUAUGGGCCAGGUUCGAGCCAUUUGUUCUUCAUGUCGCCUGCCGAUCCCUGGCUGCUGCGUUUUCGUUGAUCGACGCAGGCCGCGCAGCUUUUCCAAACUCCGCACUGCUGUCUUGGAAAAAACGCUAUGUGGUGCAUAUCCCGGGAGUGGACUUUGUAGAUCUUCCCUAUGCGUUUGGUAAGGACAGGCGGAAAAAAGUCGAAAAGGAAAAGAUGAUCGACACUUUGGAUGUUGGACAUCAAUAUUAUAGUCCAGAAGUUGUGCCUCCAGGUACAAGUAGUUUAGUACUUUCUUGUUUUAACCACGAAGAAAAAACACACUUUUUGGAUUAUGUAGAUCAUAUUAUGGGGAUAAAGUUCAAGAGGAACGCAGAAAGGACACAAAAGUUUCAAGAAGCAGUAGAACGAAUGUUGGCUCGUGAAGCUGCGCAAUGCUUCUGAUGUAGAUAAAACGGCUCUUUGUCCACGGAAGUGGAGCUGUGGCCGAGUGAAAUAGGCAUCGGCGCGUUCUUGGUUCGCCGCUUGAGCAUCAGAUUGCCAGAGAUUUUCAACCACGAAAUCCGGAGGCGAAGGAAGCCUCU